GUUGAGUGAACAAUACGCGAGCUUGGUACGAUAAAACCAGCGGCAGAGCAUCGCUGCCAUCCUGUCAACCAGAAGUCUGCUUUGGUGUUUGUGUGCGGUGAAAAAAGAGGAACUGAAGUUUUUCCACCAUUCCAAUCCUGUCGGCUGAUGCGCUAGGAGGCGCACAGUAAAACAUUGAGAUGCUCAAGUUCAGAUCCGCAGAUUCGCUGUGAACUAGUGGCCAAAAAUCUAUCCUUUUUAAUGUUGUCAGGUCGUCAAGUGAGCCCAAAAAACACGUGAGUUAAUGUGUGCGGGUGUGUGAGUGCCUGAUGCCGUUUCACGUGCGGAGCAUUUGGAUGGGAUUACAUAAAGAUUACGCGAUUGUCGUUUUCCGUGCUUCCGUUCGCUCUGGGUGAAGAAAAUUCCGUGGGUGUGUGUGUAUUUGGUGAGUACAAAACGCGACUGAGCGUGGAAUUGAGCCAGUAAAGUUAGUGUGCCAGAGGAAGCGCAUCAAAACAGUGAUCAAAUCUCGUGACCUAUUUGCGCGUGUUUGUUUAUUACACAAAUAUUUAGUGCUGAAAUUACGUGAAUAAUUUUCGACUGAAAUUGAAAUUGGUGCUUUCAUCAGUACGUACGCACAGAGCUGAUCUCGCCGUUCGAACCCAAGCUGGAGGAAUUGGACAAAAUGCAACCGUCGCUAGAGGCCACGGGGCUGGUUACUCCGAUGGUGGUCAUGACCACCGCCAACAUUGUCCCGACAGUGCCAUCGCAAAGUUCCUCCAUGGCGGCAGUGAAACAGACACCAAAGAAAAGUGCUCCACCGCCACCUUCGAAACCGCCCGAAACAACGGUACUGUCGAAACGCAACGGCGAAGAACCGGCGAAAGUGACACAGGACGACGAUGAUGAGGGCAGCCUGCGGCAGCCACUCAUCAAGCAGAUAAACAAGUUACUCACUCCGCCGGACGACCUGCUACAGUGGAAGGACAUGCCGCAGCACCUGCAGUUUAACCCCUAUGUUCUCACCGGGUACCGGCCUCUGCAGGGCGUCAAGGGGUGCCUUAGCAGUCUGUUUUACGUGCACAAUGAGACGAUUAAUAUCCUAACACAUGGCAUUCCAAUAGUGUACAUCUUGGCAACAGUUCCGGCAAUGAUGCCAUGGGAGGAAGAAUAUCGCUUUCUCUCGUGGUGCCAUCUGGUCGGUUCUGUUGCACCCUGGUGCGGCAGCUUCGUCUAUCAUCUCUUCAUGAAUCUCGAGCUGGGCGAGGGAAUCUACUACCGGCUACUGCAGCUGGACAUGUUCGGAAUCUGGAUGAGUCAAAGUUUCGGUGCCAUGCCAAUGGUAACGGCCACGGUAUACUGCCUGAGGUGGCCUCUAAAAUGGUUCCUCAUCAUAGCCUACUCACUGUUGUGCAUUUGGGGCCUGUACAAGGCUAUGACGGCUUCCUCACCGUGGCAACGUAGGCUCUGCUUCCUGAGGCCCUUCGCUAUGCGUACCAUGCUCACCCUGCUACGGAUAUCCAAGCUCGGAGGCGGGAAUCCCACCUCGCUAACACACGUCUUUCUGCAGGACGCUGUGUCGGCCAUGGGUGGCGUAAUUGGAGCGAUGCACAUACCGGAAAAGUGGUUCCCCGGUAGCGUGGAUAUCUAUCUCAACUCGCACAAUAUCAUGCACGUGCUUGUCGUUAUGGCCGUCUACUCGAUGCAUCAGGCCACCAUACAGGACAUCGAGUGGAUGCAGCGUGCCCAGUGCUCUGGUCCUAGCAACCAGACGACUCAGACGAACAUAGAAGCCUUCAACGGAACCCAUCUGGAGCUAUGACCAGUUGGCGCCAGCAUCACUUUCAACAACCGUCGGCUAGAACUGUUCGAGCAUGUUCGGUGUACCCUGCUGCGGUCACUUGGUGGCCCCUCUUUUGGGUCCCGCUGCGGUCAGCUGGGACUAUCGUUCGAUGGUUGGUAGGCGAGAAACUCUCACUUCCAUUUCGCCUGCCCCCGUUAGAGUAGAGCCAGUCAGGCAGGCCGGACUAAGGCAGAGCGUAGGUUAACUGGAGAAAGGCAAAAAAAUACCUAGUUUUAUUUGUUGGGGACCUGCUGCAGAGCGGUAGCUGAUCCUGCACAGUUUGGGUGUUUGUAUGACUGAUAACCGAAAGGUGUGCGGUGCGUUCUUUAGUUGAAACAAUUUUGCUCCAUCGGGGUACGCGCCGUGGUUUGUUCUGUUUGUGUGCACUCUACUAAUUUGGCUCUCUCGUUUAAUUCCAAAAAGCAAAAACUACCGAUAAACGUCACAAAGCCUACUACUAUGAACGGCUAGUUAAGCCAAGAUUAUAAUUGAACAGUAGGAAAAAGUUUUUGAAGAACAGCGUAAAUGUCAUAGGGCCCCACUUGCUUCCUUGUGGGACCCCCGAUGAUGAACAGCAAAUACUACUGAACUGAACAAUCUUCUGGGAUGCUCUAAGCCUUGGGAUUUAAUUCUUUGAACUUUACCCGAAAUAUUUGGUUAAAUAUAAUUGAACUAACAUUCCGAAUUUCAAUCUGAGAAAUGCAAAAAAUGACUCAGAGUUAAAAAAAUGUCAUCUUAUCGUAAACUGGUUUAAUCGUAAUGCAAGCUACAUUUGUAUAUUCGUUUCCAAUGGGAAUGAACUAAUAUGGAAUUAAUGGAGCUUCUAAAGACUAUGUUUUUGACGUAGGACUACGUCAGUUUUCUUUACACUGAUAUAGAUUCUGUAGAAACUGGAAUGAAUAUGGAACAUUUGAGAGGGGAAGAUUUCAAAAGUUUAUAGCUUUCAUACAACUGGACGGAAAUUUUGAAUCGAUGUAAAAUAUACAAGAUUUCUAUGAUGUGGUAAUUAUUACCACCUUUUUCCAUUUGUAUGCUGAAAAUUACUGAAAAGUUCCAAGGCCAAAUAUCUUCAUAUAUUUUCUUCGCGAUUGUCUCAUUCAAAAAAAGUAGUCGAUCCAAGUAUAGCAAAUUGUGUGUAAUAUAUAUUGUAUUAGAAUCAAUUUAACUGGAAUUCCCUUACGGCCGUUUGAGGUAAAAGAAAAUGAAGUUUUUCCGAAUGGUGAUAAACAAAUAACUAAGACAGAUAGUUGAGUUUGAUGGUCUUCCGGCAGUUAACUAGAACAUUCGCCAUGGCGAACGAAAACAUGCGUACAGGCAUGGGCAUGGGUGCAGGGAGUUCUUAUUUAUAAAUUCCGCCUCAGUUUCGCGACAAAAUUGUUGGAGUGGAUCUUACGCUUCAGUUUUCCUCAAAUGGACGCAACUUGAGGACGUUGGGUUGGUUCGCCAACUUGGGUAUCACAUCGAUAUUCAGCAGCUCCAUCGCCUCCAACGAUCGCUUCGAGUAAUAGGUCGACGCCAGAUCCGGUCAAAACACUGAUUAUCCGGCCUUAUGGUAUAUUUUUAUGACGACGCAACAUCCGACAGGCCCUUCGUACUAUAAAUUCCCCCGUUCAAGGUCAGUCCGGAACGAAAGAAGAGCAGCCAGGUUGCAAAAAGCUCUGUCUAAAGAACAUUCCAACGGUUUAGGUAGAUUGAAAAAAAACUGACGGUACUUACACCACAGAUUCUCAGGAAACACUGGAAAUUAUGAUGGAUACUGAUGAAGUGCAGGAUCAAACUGGAGAGCAGCUAAGCUCACAUGCGACUUGGACUGAAUCCCAGGAACUUAUCUGUACUAUAUUCAGUAAAUCGAAGGUCGAAUGGGCAAUAGACUCUUUCCAACCAUACAAAUCUCCGGGAGUGGAUAGAAUACAACCAGUUAUGUUCCAAAAGAGCAAGCAACUGUUUAUUCUAAUUAUUACGGAGAUGUGUAAGGUGAGCUUAAUACUAAAUUAUAUUCCAUCUAGUUGGAGACAAACUAGAAUUAUUUUCAUACCAAAAGCCGAAAAACGAGAUAGAACAACCCAGAAAGCGUUUAGGCCAAUUAUUUUAACUUUCAUCUUUUUGAAAACUAUGGAAAAAUUAAUCGACUAUCAUAUUAAAACAGUAUAUAUGAAAUCCAAUCCAUUAGGCAAAUUUCAACUUGUUACAAAAACAACACAUCAACCACUGACGCGCUACAUAUGUUAGUAGGAAAAAUAGAAAAAUCCAUCCAUGCCAAGGAAAUUUCCCUGGCAGCCUUUCUUGAUAAUGAGGGAGCAUUUGAUAAUGCGUCUCACAACUCAAUGAAAAUAUCCAUGGAUAGACAGGAACACAACAAAGUGGAUUCAUGCCAUGCUAACAAGUCGCGAAAUAACGGCUAAACUCGGUGGCACGUCCCUAACAAGAAAAACUACAAAAGGAUGCCCUCAAGGAGGGAUAUUAUCUCCCCUGUUAUGGUCAUUAUUCGUAGAUAAUCUUCUUUGGAGCCUAUCGGAAAACGGCUUCGAAGUGAUAGGUUUUGUAUACGACGUAGUAAUUUUAGUUAGGGGGAAGCACGACUGCGUUAUUUCUAAUAGAAUGCAAACUGCACUUAAUCUCACAGCUCAAUGGUGUAGGCGAGAGGGGUUGAGUGUAAAUCCAUCCAAAACAACUAUUUUUCCUUUCACUCGAAAAAGAAAAUACAUUAUUCCUAAAUUGCGAUUGGAAGACACCGAUAUAAAGCUUUUCACUGAAGCCAAAUAUUUGGAAAUCAUACUUGACCAGAAACUAAGCUGGAACACUCAAAUAGAACAAACAAUUACCAAGGCCACAAACGCCCUAUGGGUAUGCAGCAGAGCCAUUGGAAAAAGCUGGGGUCUCAAACCCAGUAUGAUACAUUGGAUAUAUAGAACAAUAAUCAUACCCAGAAUAACUUACGCCUCGUUAGUUUGGUGGCCCAAAACCAAUGAAACAUCCACUCAAGCUAAGCUAGGUAAAAUCCAAAGAUUGGUCUGUGCAUCGAUUUGUGGAGCUAUGAGAAGCACUCCAUCAAAAGCCCUAGAUGCAAUACUUCACCUUCUUCCACUUCAUCAGGUGGUUCAACUAGAAGCGGAAAAAGUGCUUUAAGGCUAAAUCGACAGUGCAACCUAAAAGAAGGAGAUCUAACAGGACACCUGAAAAUACUAAAAGAUUUCCAAAUAAAUAAUCUAAUAAAAAGUAAGGAGGAUUGGCUGGAGAGGAAACCAAAUUUCGAAAUUUCUUACAGAAUAACAGAGAUAGAACGAGAAAGAUGGCAACAAGGUGGAUCCAAAAUUUGGGACGGUUCACGUUGCUUCUACACAGACGGUUCUAAAAGAAAUGGUUCCGCGGGUGCGGGAUUCACAGGACCAGGAAUUAAUAAUUUUUUUCCCAUGGGACACUGGCCAACAGUAUUCCAGGCGGAAUUAUACGCGAUAAUAGAAUGCACGAAUACGUGUCUGAAAAGAAAUUAUCGACACGCAACUAUUUGCAUUUUCUGUGAUAGUCAGGCAGCACCUAAAGCCCUGAAUUCUCAUUUCUGCCACUCUAAACUAGUGUGGGAAUGCAUCCUGUCGCUCCGAAAGUUUGCUAUGAAAAACCAGGUUAACUUAUACUGGGUUCCUGGCAGAGCCGGAUUUAAGGGGGGGCCCAGGGGGCCCGGGCCCUCACAUUUUUGGGGCCCCCACAAAACGAGAAAAAGUUCUUUUCUCUAUCAAAAAUGAGAUUCAAUCAAAAGUUCAAUUUACAGUAAGAAAAUUUGAACAGACCAUUUCAAUCUGAAACUUUCCUUCAGUGUUAUUUUUUCGCGAGCGCCAAUAUCACAACCACAUCCAUAAGAUUUCACCUUCGAUUCUCUUGGAAUGGCACACAUUAACACACCAUUUGAAUCGAACCAGCGCGCAUGGGAGAUCAAGCAGGAAAGAAGAUAAUCCACAAGUUUUUUUAAUACAUUGCUGUUGAUUCCGAAAAUAAGUUUACCUGUCCGAAUCAGGGAUACUAGAUUUGCGUUGCAUAAUGCAGAUUUUCAGAGUCCGUGUGCAGAUUUUAUUGACCUGCAGAAGUGUGUACCUAGUUUUUUUCUAGGUUCUGUAGAUUAUUGCCAGCGUAGCCUUAUAUUUGCGCAGUCUUUCUCAAAUUGUGUGCAAAUUUUUGCUUGCGGAUCGCAUUUUUUUCGAAUUGCGGUAGGUUUUUAUUUUUCAGAUAUCAAGAAAAAAAAUCCGGAUUUCGAGCAGUUGCAUACACUUAUUUAUUUGAGCCUAAUGAUCUCGAACGCAACUGGAGAAAGGUCUUUAUCGAAGAUGAAACUGAUUGAAAAUAGGUUGCGUACGACUAUGAAGAGUGAAAGGCUGUCAAACUUAGCAUUGUUAAGUUGAGAGUACAAUAUUCUGAAGGAGCUGAAUGUUGAUUAUUCAAUCAAUAAGUUCUCUGCAAAAAAAACUCGUAAGAAAAAAUUCUAGCAAAUUUUUGGUAACUUUUCAAUGAGAAAUAAGUGUUUUUAACUCGUACGAUAAAAAAACGGGUUUGUUUUAUUCUGGGGCCCCCACUGUAAACUGGGCCCCGGGCCCCCACAAUCGUAAAUCCGGCUCUGGUUCCUGGUCAUUGUGGAAUCGAAGGAAACGAGAAGGCCGACUUACUAGCCAGACAAGGGUCAUCUACUAACUUUGUUGGCUCAGAACCUUUCUGUGGAGUCUCCCCGAGCGCUCUAAAAGCUGAACUCGGUGAAUGGGAGAAAGCGACCAUCAAAGCAAACUGGGAUGUCAUAAGCGGAUUACGACAAUCGAAAAGAUUCAUAGAGCCAAAUCGCGAGAAGAGCCUCGUGUUGCUCAGGUUAAAUAAGAAAGACUUGAGGACAUUCACAGGUCUUAUUACAGAACUCUGCGUAUGCCGAGUAUUAAUACAAGGCAGAUUGCGUAUCUUCAGUAAGGGACACAUAGAACCUACCGAAAUUUGGAGGGAAAGUCCUGGUGAGGUAAUAAACUUCAUACGAAGUGCGUUGCCCAACUGGGAUAAACGUGCAAUGUAGCAACGACAUCAACUUGCCAAAUAGUGAUGUACCUGCUCGUACGCACUUAGAGUAAGGUGAAGCAUACCACAGUAGAUCAAACAAUGGUCGCAGUGGUUCAGUCUUCUACAAGGGAAAAAAAUCGCUGUCACUUUCGUUGCGAUUCGGGACAUGCAGUAUGGAAGAUGAACAGGGUUGGCUAUCUGAACCGAAGUCGGUUCGAUAGAUUUUUCGUUUGGCGUCGUACACAAAUUACGUAACGCAUGAAGGGGGGGAGGGGGGUUGAGUCUGCGUUACUUAUUGUUACAUAGGGGGGAGGAGGAUAGUAGGGACAGUACCGUAACUACAAUGUUGGCUCGAAAUUGAAAAUUUUGAGGGGGGUCACAUUGUUCAGCGUUACGUAAUUUUAGGGGAGGGAGUCAUAUCGAACGUUACUUAUCGUUACAUAGGGGGGGAGAGGGUCUGAAAUCUAGACUUUUAGUGUUUCGUAAUUUGUGUACGACGACUUUCCAAGGAAAUCCACCAACAUUUUCUCUAGGGAGCUUAGUUACCUCCGACAUAAUUGUUAUACCUUGACGAAGUUUAGAUUAGAUUUUUCCUUGACGUUGCCGGAUGUUAACGGAUUUAGCUUCACUACAACCUAGGAUCUUUCAAUAGGCCGCGGUUCUAAACAGUUUGGUGGGUUUCCCAUUUUGAACAGAAUCGUCUACUUCACUCCGGAGCAAUAUCAAAUUGCCAGUAGCAUAGUCAGCAGACGCUAGAUCCGUCCAAAACAAUGGAAGAGUAAAAGUUAAAACCAAACCAAUAUCAACAGAGUCGUCAGGGCAAAUUCGACGUACGUUUUAUCCAGUGUUGCCACAGAUACGGAUUUAUCUGGUACAGAAAGGUACACACUUAAUUUAUCUCGGCAAACUUCCCAACAGCUGAUCGAGCUCGGCGAAGUUUUCAACAAAUGUCAGAAAUAUAUUUAGACGAACAUUCAGCAAAUAUAUCGAUCUACCGUGAACAGGCAAGUACCGACAUUUCGUUUGCCGAAGUUAUUGAAAAUUCUACCGAAAACUUGUUAAACAUUACGCUGAUUUCAUCAGCUGUUGUGUUCUCGACAAUAAAAUUUAAGUGUGUACCGAUUUUUUCGUUUUUUUAUGGUAUAGAUUCUGUAAGGUCCAGAUUACAGAUUUUUGUCGUAAAAUACAAAUGGGUACAGUUUUUUAAGGGUCCAUCAAUUAAACUGAUAUUUUCACUUGAUAUUUUUACUAGUGUACUUGAAAUCAUUUGAGAUGCAUCCCUUCAUGUUGGUACUUACCCUUUGUGUUAAUGUCACGAAUAGGCUGCCCUAGAAAAGACUUGUUGAGUUACUUCCAAUACCACAGGAGAGCAACACGUCGGCCGGUGAAACUUUUUCCUUGGCACCCGGUAAGCACACAGUUGUCACAACUAUCUCUUGCUGGCUUCUUUUUCAACGAAAGAGCUCUGUAAAUGAAGAAUUGUUUACACCCUAAUUAAGAAAAUUCACAGUCGUUGGUUUAAACUUACCGCAUUUGUGUAUUAAACCGAGAUUCCACUCGUAAGUAAUAGCCAUCGGUUCUAGCUUGGAUUCAGAAAAAACUGUGCACUUUUUUGGAGGUUUGCCGUUGUUAAUUGGGUUCUUGGCUUAACAUAAUACCGCGUCGUCUAAUCGCUGUCACCUGAACUUUUGUUGAACUACCUGGUUACUUGCUUCAGAAGACUGCUUCGGCUGCCGCGGCAACACAGGUCCCAUUCGGAGAGUCCUUUGGUGAUUUUUUUCUAACCGCUAGAUGGAGUGUGAUGCAGGUGUUGGCGAAGCUUCUUCCAAGUGAUGUCCCGGGCGCGUUAUACAUGCUAUUCUUGAAGCUGUGAAUAUACAUACAGUCAAAUCUCUUUAUAGCGACAUCGCAAGGGACUGUCGUGAUAGCGAAAUGUCGCAAUAAAACGAAGAAUUUUAGUAUAAAACAGAAGGGACUAUUGAGAAUGUCGCUAUAGCGAGAUUUGUCGCUAUAAAAAGUGUCGUUAUAGAGGGAUUCAACUGUAUCUUGAUAUUGGCUGGAAGCGUCUCCAUUUUGGCAACGAAAACAACAGCAGAAUACUAUUAUAAUUGACAUUCUCAAUUUUGUAAUAACACAGCUAGCAGCAAAAGUUUCUACUAGUAGUAGUUUCUCGGCUUGAAAAAAUAAAAUGGCAGUCUUGUGGUUUUCCUUUAAUAAAACAAGAGCCUAUUGGUAGAGUGAACCCAAAAACGUUGAAUAGACGGAAGAGGCUUCGUACCAAAUUAGAAAUAACCUACCUGACAUCCAAAAUCAUGGAACUAUUAGACGCUCUCUCUCUCUUCUUGAGACUUUGACUCCUUAUAUCAAAAACUCUCUAGCAAAUUAGGCACAAACCUUUAGAGAGAGAACACAAAGAACGUAAAUAAUAGACAAGCACAUCGGUUGAGUCCAACUACGAUUUAAUUACGCUAGUUAGAUCAAUUUUAGGAUUGUUUGAAAAAAAGAACUAAAACAUAUUACCCACUAGUUUAAGUACACUGAAGAUGCGCGAAAACUAGAACAAACACAACAACAACAACAAGCUGUAAAGACUUACAACCUCCUGCUAGCGCUGUCGAAACAAAAAGGCUGUUUACUGUUAAUUUAGAACAGUUUCUUAUUCCUCAAUUGAUUCCUAAUGUGAUCUGGUGUAAGAUAGGUAGCUAUGCAGAUUUAGCAUAUAUCAAGAUGGCUUGACAAAGUAAUUUUUUUUAAUUCUUUUAUCACCAAUAUUUAGUGGUUAAUUUGUGAGUUCGAAAUCCAAUUUGUGGUUAAAUGGUUUGCCGAGAAAUUUUCAAAAAACUGAGUCAAGCUAUCUUGAAACAUGAUUUUGCUUCAAAUGAAUCGGACAACGAUGAUAUAUGCAUCAAUCGAAAGCUCUUAAUUUGUGGUUCACGAAACUGUAAUUUUUAAAGUCACAAUUACUAGUGUUUGUCGGAAAUUUGUGUUUUAUUGUUCACGUAGUUCUACGUUUUGUUUAUUUGUUGAUGACGCUGCUAGCCGCUAGUGACGUUGGCUGUUUGCGGUGUUUGUCACUGCUAUACUGAGCGUGCGUGUGGGGAAUAUGGUAAAUAUCGAGAUUCGGGGAACUUAGGCGUCGUACACAAUUUACGUAACGCGUAAAAAUCUACAUUUCAGACCCCCUAUCCCCCUAUAUAACGAUAGGUAACGUUCGAUAUGACUCCCCCCCCCCCCCCCAAUUACGUAACACUGAACAGCUUGACCCCGCUCCGAAAUUUUCAAUUUAGAGCAAACAUCACAGUUACGUAACUGUCUUAAAUACUCCCCCUCCCCCCUACGUAACAAUAAGUAACGCAAACUCAACCCCCCUCCCCCCUCAUACGUUACGUAGUUUGUGUACGACCCCUUAGCCAACACACUUGCUAUUACAGGUAGCCCAACAGGCGCAGAAUGGAUAUGUGUAAAUUUGUUGUCAAAAUGGAUACCGGUAACGAAAAUGUACUUUCAAAGGAAAGCAAUCCAAAUUCGACGGUUUAUUUUUCAGAACCAGUAGGUAUUGCAAACAAUAAAUAUCACUUUUUCAUCAUAUCAUUUAGAAAACUUCUUAAGAGUAGCUAUAUUUUUUAAUAUCGGAAUUUCAAUCAACCGGUUUAUUAGCAUUGAACAUAAAGAACCCAUUUGGUGCAAAAUAUUGAUCAAUUGUCAUUUUUUUGACGUCUGGCACAACUUGAUACUAUAAAUGGUUCGAUUCUCAAAAAAUGCUCGAGUAGCAGCAGCGUAGGCUUUCGUACAACGUAAAUUGACGACCAUGUUAGGAGGGUGGUAUAGGCCAUCUUUCGACGAUCUACUGCGACCAACUCUGGGAAACAGCGCAGUGACUAGAAGAAACGGAAUAUUAAAAAUGUUAAUUAAUUACAUCAAUUUCAUUAUUUCAAAUGGUAACUACGUAAUCGAUGUAGACGAAUUAGAAUUCAUUUUGAAUCUGAGUAGCUAAUUAUUCAAUAUCAUCUGAUACAUUUUUUAUAAACAAAGCUAGAAAUAAACUAAAUUUUACAAAAAAAUAAAAAAAAAAUGUUUACAGCGCUCCCAGCAUAUGAUAAUACCGUUCAACGUUAAUCGAGUGAUGGUACUUUGUGAAGCAUUUAUUCAAGAUGCAGAAAAAAAUAUAGCGGCACCAGAAGGCGACAAAAAACUUUUUUCUUAUUUUGGUCAGCUUUUGUUCUAGGUACUCCUCUGUGCGACGGUGCCACUAGUAACAGACCCGCGGACAGCUUUAUUACUUUGCUCAUAAGAUAGCACAUAUGCAUGGAAAAAUAACAGAAGAGCAACAUUAAGUUGGAUCCCGGCAGCUUAAUUGAACAUUUGUUUAAAGAUUACCGAAACAUUUCUCAGAAUCUAGGUGAUGAAAAAGUGGUAAUUAUUGUUUGCAAUACCUACUGGUUCUCUGAAAAAUAAUCCGUCGAAUUUGGAUUGCUUUCCUUUGAAAGUACAUUUUCGUUACCGGUACCCUUUUUGACAACAAAUUUACACAUAUCCUUUCUGCGCCUGUUGGGCUACCUGUAAUAGCAAGUGUGUUGGCUAAGUUCCCCGAAUCUCGAUAUUUACCAUAUUCCCCACACGCACGCUCAGUAUAGCAGUGACAAACACCGCAAACAGCCAACGUCGCUAGCGGCUAGCAGCGUCAUCAACAAAUAAAUAAAACGUAGAACUACGUGAAUAAUAAAACACAAAUUUCCGACAAACACUAGUAAUUAUGACUUUAAAAAAUACAUUUUCGUGAACCACAAAUUAAGAGCUUUCGAUUGAUGUAUAUAUCAUCGUAGUGCGAUUCAUUUGAAGCAAAAUCAUGUUUCAAGAUGGCUUGACUCAGUUUUUUGAAAAUUUAUCGGAAACCACCUAACCACAAAUUACCACAAAUUGGAUUUCGAACUCACAAAUUAACCACUAAAUAUUGGUGAUAAAAGAAUUUAAAAAAAAUUACUUUGUCAAGCCAUCUUGAUAUAUGCGCAGAUUUAAAUAUUUUUUUUUUGUUUUCCUAAGCUUUUUUGUUUGAUUUUUGUUUUCGAUUCUAAUGAAAUAAGCACACUUCUGAAUGCGUUCUUUGCCUUAACAAAAAAGCGACCGUUUUAUUACUUCAAAAUCGAGUCGAAAAAAUCAGUAGUUUUAACGGCUGGGCACAUAGCGCUAGAAUUUGUCACACAUUUUGGCCAACUUCAACUCGCAAAAGUUAGCUCGAAGCUAGCUUGAAGCUUACCAAAUUGACAAUUAAGUGCUGAAGCUCAAAGCAUCGACCAAUAAUUGUAGCAGGAAUUAGAACAAAAAUAAAAGAAAGAGUACCAGUAAGUAAAUAGAUUGCGUAAAGAAGACCUAACCCUUUAAUGAGUAUAGAUAACCCCUUCGCGAUAGAACACAUGAAGCAAUAAACGAUAGUAUUACGCAUACCAAUUACUAGUGAUAAAAUAACCCCAACUCAAUAACUAAUUUGCUCUAGGCAGUAUUUCAAAUAUGAAGUUGAUGAUAACGUCAUUUCCAGACAGCAUUAGAACGAGAAAGUGCUCGAAACAAGUCGGGUUUCCUUCGCAAUUCUGUGGAUCGCCAACUGUUGCAAUUUGACACACUGCUAACAGCUGUCAAACGUAGAACGCAGCCGUUCAACCCUUCCACAUUUAUUAUGCAUUGGAACAUAUCACUGAAAAAAGUAGCUAUCAUACAGAGAUUAUCUUCCCUUACUUUGCUGUAAAAAAAUGCCCACACAAAUUAACUAUUGAUUGACGCGAAAGGAGGACGGGAAAAACGGAAGGCAACUAAAAGCAUCAAAACUUGUUGGUUUGUUCUAUCGAACAAUGUAAGUUACUGGAAGACAAAAAACCAACUUUGUGAUAUAAUUAUAAAGCUAAUUGAAUAAAUAAAUAAAUAAAUAAAAUAGUAGAAUAAUGACGCUCAUGACAUGAGAUUUACGUUAAGCAAUUACAGUAUAAUAGAGAGUUUGUCCAACAGUUUUAGUAGUUUGGGAUCCAGUCCCAUCCUUUUGUAUAAUACCUGUACAUUUCAGCCCAAUUAGAAAAGUAUAAAAAAUCCUCAAAAAUAACGCUUCACAACCUACUAGCGGCACAGAUAGCCGAAUUUAGAUACUCAAAAAUCGAUAUAAACAUCUCUAUAUUACGAUUGAUUUUAGAUUAAAAAUCGUUCUGAAAAAAAAUCUUCUUCUCUCGUUACGAGUAUUAACCGAAAAACCGAUUGAACAGUUUAUACAAUCAAACCAUUCGCGUAUUAUAGUUGAUUUAGGUGUGUGCAAACAAUGUUGUCAAAUAAUCAAACUCAUCCACCUCACAGAUAAAUGUGAGUGUGACUCAUACGAAUCGCAUUUUCGCUUCGACGUUUCGGACGUCGUGCAUUCAUCUUCUGCAUUCAUAGUACUCCGGUCUCUCUCUCUCUCUCUUCAUACCAAAAAAAGAUAGAGGAGUGGAAUCACACUAUGAAACAAAAAGUAGACACUCUGUUGCACAUGAACUUUCAAUUAAAUUUAUCCCACGCUAAUCAAUACUGGAAUAAAUUCUUUUACAAGAAACUAUCAA